CGCGGUCCUGCGGAUCUCAUUUGAUUCUCGAUCGCUGAAGUGACUGCACCGACAAGUGAAAAGUGAUGCGUGCUUAGCCUUUUUAUACUUUGACAAAAUUUGUGAGCCUGUGAGCUUACUGUUAGCGUUGUGAACAGCCUUGUCAGACUGUACAGUGAAAUAGAAUUCAUGAUUUUAAGUGUCGCGUUGUCGGUGUCCCCAUGUUUGAACAAAAAUCAACCAUCGUCGAGCGACUGCACGCAGCACACCCCGAGCUCUACGCCGAAAUGAUCGGGGAAGCGAGAACCAUUCGCGAAUUGCUCGAGUACAACCGUCGAGGCAACACCGCGCUCCACGAAGCUGCGGCUCUGGGCAACGUCCAGCUGGUGAUUCACCUACUCGAGAUGAGCUGUCCCGUCGACGCCAGGAACCAAGAUUUCGAGACGCCGUUGAUUCGAGCGGCCAAACACGCCGAAAACAUAAGCGAGAUAUCGAGGGUGUUUGCCGUGUUACUCAAGGCCGGAGCCAAUCCUCUGAUUCGAGACAAAGACAAGCGACGAGCCGUUGACUAUUGCUUGGAGAAGGAGGACUUGGAGAGCGCGAGGCUUCUGAGGUGCUACAGUCAUAAUAGCUCCCUCUGUCAGAAGCUGCUUUUCGAUACGAUCUUCUUCGACAACUGGAGCCUGCUGAAGAGGAUCGAACCCCUCUAUUCGCGCACGAUGGUACUGGAGUAUCGAGACGAGAACGGCGACAGUUUCUUGUACUACUCGGUCACGGCGGGUAACGUCGAGCUGACUCGCUACUUCCUGUCCUGCGGGGUAGACGUCAACGACGUGGGAUUUGUCAGUGGACUGACGCCCCUCGUCUACGCGGCCAAGUCUCAUCGUCGCACGUGGAAGUCCGAAAUUAUUAAGAUACUGCUCGAAGCCGGGGCUGAUGUUACGGUAACCGAUACCAGCGGUUACACCGCGCUUCAUCUGUGCGCCAAGUAUACGAGGGGAGACACGGAAAGUGUCAGGCUCCUUCUCGAUGCUGGUAUGGAUGUGAACAGUCAAAAGGAGUUGUCUCGAAUGAGGACGCCUCUUCUCGUGGCUUCCAAAAGGGGCAACAUCGAGGUGAUGCAACUGCUGCUCGAGCGCGGUGCCGAUCCAAAGCUCUCGAGCAUCGACGGCGAAUAUCCUCUGAACUCGACUAUAGCCGUUCUCUACCACACUGGACCCGCUCACCGUCGAGAGGCUCGCGUUUACCACAACAUCCUGGAGCUCUUGCUGACUUGUGGAGCUGAUCCCAAUCAGUUCACAGAGCCCAAUAAAAACGGCCACUCUUUCAACGCCUUUAUGCACAUCCUCAGCGUAGGCGACGUCCGACAGGUUCAACUGUUUCUCAACCACGGCGCAGACCCCCGAUUAACGGACAACCACGGCCAGGCUGGACUACACUAUGCCGCGCACAAUCUUGACUCCGAUGUCCUCGAGCUUCUGCUCGACUUCUUCGGCGCCGAUUGCGCCAAGGAAAUGCGACGCAAGUCCCAGCCCGGCCACACCGUCCUGGACAUCGCGGUGAAGAAGAAGCAUCUGGACAACAUUCGGCUGCUCUGCGAAUCCGGUGCCGAUGUCAACGCCGUCUCGAAGGACGGUGAGACGCCUCUGCUCUACCUGCUGACCCACAAAUCCAAAGGAGUCGAAGGUCUCGUCGACCUGUUGCUUUGGUACGGAGCUGACCCUUUCGCGAAAAUCACCACCGGCGAGACGGCCUACCAACUCGCUCUGAGGCUCAACAAGCGGAUACUCACUGAGCUUGUUCUCCGAUACGCUCUGUUGAAAGUGCUCAGACAUCUCUACGAGGCCGCUAAAAGCUCUCGCGAAAAGCUGAAAGACCUGGACGCCGAGACUCUUCGAGCUCUGACUCAGGAGGAUCAAGUGGCCCACAGCUACUUCGUUAAGUGCGCCGAGGAGCUGAAUCGUAUGCAAGACAUGGUGUUCUACGACAAAGUUAGCUUCCUGGACAUACUGGCCUGUAGUCACCGUCGGCUGUUGAGUUACGUCAGGAACGCCGAGCUGGUGUCGGCUUUCAAGAGCUGCAUGAAUUCGAUAGAGAUGAAGAUUUUCGGGGACGUAAUUUGGAAGAGGUUCCACGAGGCCGUGACGGAGAUAAAAACUCUGAUUGUCGCGACGGAGGUUCUCAAGAAGCAGCUGCCGGUGGGUAAUUGCGAUCUGGUGGUAGAAAAAAUCCUAAGUUAUUUAAGUAAGAGGGAAUUGAAAAAAGUCGUGCAGGAUCGGAUGAUCCUUUACAGGGACUACGUUUUUAAUCCUAUCAUUAAGCAUGUGGUCGAACAGGGCGAGAGAUGAACGGUUCAUAUAGUAGAAAUAUUGAAAAAUGUAUACUUACUUUGUUGUUUACAUUGUGUCAGAUUAUGGAUGAAUGUAAGUCACGUUCAAGACAGAACAUCUAAUUAUGUUUAAUGAAUUUUUAUACCAAUGAUUUUUAUAUCUAUAUUUUAUCAUUUUUAUACAUAUAUUAUAUUUUUAAGAUAAAAAUAUAUAUUAUUUUAAAAAAUUCAAAUUUUAUUAAAUGAUUAUUCCUUAUAAAAAUUACACAUCAAGCGAUUUUGUUCAAUGCCUUUGUUUCUGCACUUAAACUGCACGUGAAGAUAUAGAAUGUUAGGUAAAAAUACCACUGGUUUUUAUAUUAAAUGUACGCUUUAUUUUUAUCCUUUUUGUCCAGUAUUUAUGUAAGUAACAAUGAAAAUGUCUUAAGCGCUAUUCAUUACUUUUUCUAGAAUAAUGGCUAAUCCAAUACAAUAAUAUUAAUAAUCGAUAGUAAAAAUAAUCUUUAAUAAAAUAAUAGCUGUAGUUCAAUACCCAUUUCCUUAAAUAGUUAUUAUAAUUUAAUGUCUCGCAGAUGCGAAAAAUAUAGUUUUCUUUUUUCCGACAAAAACGCAAAACACUAGUUGCUCCGUUAUCUUCGCUUUACACAAGUUAUGUUUAAACGCAUUUUUCUACGUCGGAAAUUAACGGAUAAAACAACAGAAAUGCUCCAUUCGAUUUUGGCAAGGUAAAUGCAUUUCAUUUUGUUGCAGCGAGAGAAGGUGCUUGUAAAGUUUGUCUCUUAUACAGUCGUCCUGCAAAAAUACGGCAUUUCGCAUUUUCAUCGGAAAACGAACAAGAAAGAUUUACUAAAAUUGUAAAAUCAGUGUUUAACUAAACAAAACUUUUUUCAAUCAAGUGUUUACUUGUAAUAUUCACGCAGAUUAAUUUGUGCUUUGAUCAUGAGCACUGCAUGAAAUUUCGACGACAGUUUUACUUACAGCGCUUGAAUUUCUAGGCAAUUUUCAAAGUGUCGAAAAGAAUCUCUUUAUACGGAGUAAAAAAUCAUGAAAAAA